AUGAGGCAAUAUUAUUUCGAAAAUAAAACCGGAAAGAAGUCACAUGCACUAAAAUGUGCACACGCACAUCUCUUCAUAGAUUUUAAAAGUGCUUAUGACAGUGUAGACAGAAGCGCCCUUUAUAAUGCCAUGGCAGAACUAGAUAUUCCGUCGCACCUACUAACAUUGGUAAAGGCAACUCUUUCGAAAGUUGCGUGCAAAGUCAAGGUACAAAACAGAGUGUCAAGGUCUUUUCAAACACAUACUGGACUACGCCAGGAAGACAGUCUAUCGUGUCUAUUGUUUAACAUCGCGCUAGAAAGAGCCAUAGAGAAAUCGGGCAUAACAACCAGAGGUACGAUCAUCAAUAUAAGUGUACAGAUAUUG